UACAACAAGAAAGAAUGGUAAAACGGGAAACAAAACUUCUCAUCCUCUUUCUAGAAGAAACUCGAAGCUGUACAAAAAACACAUUCUCAGGAGCUCUAGAGGCAAAGAAAUAAAGGAGGAAGUAAAAACAGAGAAACAUUCCGAGUGUGAUUUCUCCCUCUCCAGAAUCCAGUAUUUACCCCAAAAAACUAGAAAAAGAAAUGAGCCGAGCAAGUCGAACACUUUACGUUGGCAAUCUCCCCGGAGAUAUUCGCGAGAGGGAAGUUGAAGAUUUGUUUUAUAAGUAUGGGCCCAUUGUUGACAUUGAUUUGAAAAUCCCACCGAGACCUCCAGGCUAUGCAUUUGUUGAGUUUGAAGAUGCUCAUGAUGCUAAAUAUGCAAUUCGCGGUCUGGAUGGAUACAAUUUUGAUGGUUGUCGAUUACGAGUUGAGCUUGCUCAUGGUGGGCGAAGACAUUCAUCACCAGUGGAUCGUUAUAGCAGUUACAGUGGUAGCAGUGGUAGCCGUGGGCCUCCCAAGCACUCUGACUAUCGUGUUUUAGUCACUGGAUUGCCUUCUUCUGCUUCAUGGCAAGACUUAAAGGAUCAUAUGCGUCGAGCUGGGGAUGUCUGCUUUUCUCAAGUCUUUCGUGACCGUGGUGGCAUGACAGGAAUUGUAGACUACACGAACUAUGAUGACAUGAAAUAUGCUAUCAAGAAGCUUGAUGACUCUGAGUUCCGGAAUGCAUUUUCUCGGGCAUAUAUUCGGGUGCGGGAGUAUGAUUCUAGACGGAGUUACUCUAGGAGCCCCAGUUGCAGUUCACAUGUGUCAAGAAGCCGGAGUCGCAGUCGCAGUCGCAGUCACGGUCGAAGCUAUAGUGACAGAAGCCGAAGCAAGUCUCCAAGGGCAAAAUAUUCACGGCGUUCUCGAUCUGUAUCUGUUUCCUCUCGUUCUCGUGCAGGAUCAUCUCCACGAUCUUUGUCGAGAUCCCGUUCAAGAUCAAGAUCUCCAGUUGAUUCUCAGCCUCGCAGCAAACAAGACUAUAGAACCCCAAGCAGAAGCCCCGCACAUUUAUCUCGGCCCCGUUCGCCUUCUGUGAGAUCUGAUAGAAGUCGUUCAGUAGACUCCAUGGAUCGUUGAAGAGUCUCUUGCUCUCCUGAUCGUGGAACGUUUUUAGUGAACUCUACACCUAUAAAGCUAGAUAUGCCUGGGUUGAUGGUUUGGACUAUGAUCAACUUACUAAUCUUAUUUGAUACUGAAUUUAAAGUUAGUGACUUUUUUUUUCUUCCCGAUAUUGCUUUUGUCAGGAUUUAUAUGGACGGGGCUGGGAUGAUCUUAUUUCAUAGCUCUCGAGGGUUUUUAGGCUUGCUUUGUUUUUUUUUUUUUUUAAUUGCGGUGUGGUGGGGUUUGUAUUUUGUCCGGAUUAUAUAUUUGAAAGUCUUUCUAGUUUUGGAAAACUUUCUGGAUUAAAAAAAAAACUAUAAUUUGUAUA